GGGCCGCCUCCCGCGGGCGCGCAUCUGCUCCGCUCCGCUCUCCCGGGAGAUCCGCGGACACACCUCCCGCUGGGACCGUGCCGAGCCGGGCCGGGCCAUGGCCCCGCAGGGCCCCGGGGCGCUGCGCUGUGCGCUCCUGUGCGCGCUGCUCUGCGCGCAGGGACCCGCUCCCACCCGCGCAGGAGAGUGUGGCAAGCUGAGGUCCUGCGAGGUGUGUACAGCCAGCAGCCACUCCCACAACGGCACCGACUGCGUCUGGGUGGGCUGCGGGACCCCCGAGGACCCAGGAGCAGGGAGCUGCGUGCAGAGAGGCUCAGCAGUGCGGGAGACCUGUGCACUCUACAACAGCAGCAUCCUGUGCCGAGCACUGAAAUCUCACACGGAAGAGCCUCCACGAUCCCAUAGCAAGGAGCAAGUGACACACUCCACAAGGACCACCACCACCAGUGCCCCGCUGACGGGCAGCCCCGAGUUCCGCCCGCCCGGCUUCGACACCGCGAGUUUCAUUGGGGGCAUCGUGCUGGUGCUGUGCAUCCAGGCCGUCGCCUUCUUCAUCAUCAAGUUCAUCAAGUCGAAGGACAGCACCUACCAAACGCUGAUCUGAGGUCCCCGCGCCCCCAGGCUGGGAGGUGGCUGUCCCCGUCCUCCCCAGGUGAAGAGGCCACUGCUGGUGUCACCCUGCCCGCGGCCAGACUGUCCCCCGUCCCCCCCUCCCACCAGCACUAUGCAAAGCCAGGACACCAGGGUGGGACACCCCGGGUCGCCCGUCCCCACCCCCGCGGGUGCUGGGGAUGCUCCGGGGCUUUGCGCCCCCCGGCUGCUCCCAGGGGGUGCAGCUGGGCAGGGGGGGCUAUCCAGCCCUGAAUUCCACCUUCGGCCCCACCCUGUGCUUGCCAGACGCCCAGGGGACCCGGCGCAUCCAGGAAUCAGAAGACACGUGGCCCUAGGUGGCAGUGGGGGACCCUUUGCUGGCCCCAGCCCCACACCGGGCAGAGCCCGAGCUGGAACAGGGGGGCAGAAAACAGUAAAGGAUUUUCCUGUAA